AUGGAGGAUUUGCAAACAAUAGAACAACACCGUCAAGAGGUUUGCCUUGGAAACCUCAAGAAGUUCCACUUUAGAGAACUUCAGCUUGCUACAAAUAACUUCAGCAGCAAGAACUUGAUUGGAAAAGGUGGAUUUGGAAAUGUCUACAAAGGGUAUCUCCAAGAUGGUACGGUUAUAGCAGUAAAAAGGCUUAAAGAUGGUAAUGCCAUUGGAGCUACAAAGAGGCUCUUGGUUUAUCCCUACAUGUCAAAUGGCAAUGUUGCUUCCCGUCUAAAAGGUAAUGUCUAUUCUUGCGAUCCAAAGAUUAUUCAUAGGGAUGUGAAGGCAAGAAAUAUCUUGCUUGACGAUUAUUGUGAGGUUGUGGUGGGAGAUUUUGGGUUGGCAAAGCUAUUAGACCAUAGGGAUUCACAUGUGACAACAGCAGUGAGAGGCACUGUGGGGCACAUAGCCCCUGAGUAUCUCUCUACAGGCCAAUCUUCUGAGAAAAUAGAUGUAUUUGGGUUUGGAAUUCUGCUUCUUGAACUGAUAUCUGGCCAAAGAGCUCUUGACUUUGGGAAAACAGCAAGUGAAGAGAUUCAGGUUCUCCAAGAGCAAAUGAAAGAAGCACAUGCUUCUGAGAUGGAUUCAAUCAAGCAGCUUUCAUUUGAGACAGAAACCGCAAGAAGGGAAGAGGAAGAAAUGAGAUCCAAAACACAAGAGCUGAAGAAAGACGCUGAAAAAUCCAAAGCAGUGGUAGAAGAACAAGAGAAGAAACUAGAGUUUUAUCUAAAGCAAGCUGAGGGUGCAAAAGCAUCAAAACAAAGAGCCAUUGAGGAGAUGAAGAUGAAGACAUGA